ACGUCAUCAAAGCGCGACCCGCGAAUUGGUUGAUUGUCAAAGGUUGCCGACGUCACGGCCUUUUGAGUCUCUUGUAAACAGAAAAUCGCCCGUCGGGAGCAAUUUUGUCGUCGCCACGGACACAAUGGCGAAGGUUGGUGCGUAGCCCAGCAGCAGGGAUGAGGAUCCGGCUCCAGGGUCCCGGCCACGCUGGCAGCCUCCUCGCCGAGCUGGACCGCUGCCGCCGGUUCGGCCGCUACUGCGACGUCUUCCUGCAAGUGGGCAAGCGCACGUUUGCGGCGCAUCGCGCCGUACUGGCCUGCGCCGGCGCUUACUUUCGCAACCUGUUCAGCCGAGCUCAGUCAGCGCCCACCGACGUCUUCUCGCUGGAGUUUAUUUCCCCGGCCAGCUUUGAAAAGGUGCUGAACUUCAUGUACACCGGGGAGAUCUUGACAGAUCUCAUAGAUGUCGGGGUUCUUUACGAGCUGGCCGAGAGGCUGGGCGUUAGCGAGCUGGUGAGGGCGUGUCACGCCACCUUCCCGGACCUGCGGGGAUCCGUGUCUGCAAACGCCAUGGCGGGCGGCCUCGGAGACCCUCCGGCCGGCUCCUCCGUCGGCUCCUUCACUGGGUCCCACUCGUCGCCGUCGCUGUCGGCCGCCCCGACUCCCGCCGGCGCCCCCUCGCCUCGUGUCCAGGCCGGCGCGGUGACGGCGGACAGCCGGUCUCCUGCUGGGAGCGCAUCUAUGGACUUAAAGAUAGAAGAUUUCCAGUCUCGUCUAGGCUACGGGCAAAUGGUGGCGCAGAGCCCAGGUCGCUGCCUUUUAAGCGGUGUGGUGCCUGAGCUCCAACUGAAGGCAGAGCAGACAUCGGAGGAGGCGGUUAGAGGCGGGUCGACAGUUUCUGAGAUGACGAGCGACUCGGAGCCGUCCGCUUCCUGCUCCUUCCCCGAUUGUCUAGUUCGUCUCGGAGCAGCGACUUCCUCCCCCUCGGCGGAAGUGUUGACGGUUCCGCGGGCCACCGAGGAGCGGCGAGCUCUGGCGGACGACGGCGCCAUCGAACAGUCAGAGGAGGAGCGGUGGGGGCGACUGGCAGGAGAGGUCAUCGAACUGAGCGACGACGACCACUUCAUGGAGGAAGACGAGGAGGAUGAAGACGACCUCGUCUGUUUGGAAAACGGCGACGGAAGCAAGUCAAGCAACCAGGUUCCGGGCGACGUGCUGGCGUGCCGAGCCUGCGCGGCUCCUCUGCCCGCCGACUCGGCCGCCCUGAGUCCGCACGCCGAGAGCCACGUGAGCGAGCCGGGCCGCUGCGGGCUGUGCGGCGCCCCCUUCCCGGACCGCACGACUGCCGUUUCCCACUCGCUGGCCCGCAUGGGCGUGCGGCUUUUCUCCUGCGACAUGUGCCACCUGGACUUCUGCAGCCCGAAGAAGCUGCUGCGCCACCAGCGUUACAGCGGCUCAACGUUCGUCUUGCCGCAGCCCGGCCGAGGCUCCGAGUUGCAGUGUGCCGUGUGCACAAAAGGCCUCAGCAAAGACUUCCAGACGGUGAGAGCGCACGCCCUGAGCCACGUGUGCGCCCAAAGCCUGAGCUGCGGCGUUUGUCACGUCCCCCAGCUCUCCCUUUGCUCCCUGCUGUGGCACGCCCUCGCCCACCUCUCGCUGCCCGUCUUCACCUGCCCGCACUGCGCCCGCUGCUUCGUGGAGCGCCCCCUGCUGGACGCGCACGUGGCCGCGCACGCCGAGGAGCGAGAGGACAUCCGAGCGGUUACGGUCGGGGGAGAAAGUUUUUCGGGAAUUGAGGAGCCGGUUUGCUUCCCGUGCCCGCAGACGUUACCCACCUCCUCCGCCUUCCUGCGCCGGCGGACCUCCGAGUCCUCGGGGGGCGGCGGAGGAGGAGGGCCCGGGGGUCUCGGCCGGUUAGACAAGCGCAAGGCCGAGCGGCCUCUGGCGCGUCGGCCCCCGUCUCCCUCGUCCCCGCGGGAGCUCGGAGGUCUCGUGGAGACGAGCGGCCCGGGGAGCGAAACGGGUCCAGACUUACCGGAGAAGUAUUUCCACGCUUUGUGUUCCGGGGCCCUGACAAACGGGAGCGCGGGACAGGACGCGGUCCGCAGGAAAUGGUACCGCUGUCGCUACUGCGGGAAGCGCUUUGCGCACUCGGGGGAGUUCACGUACCACCUGCGCAUCCACACGGGGGAGAAGCCCUACCAGUGCAAGGUGUGUCUGCGCUUCUUCCGAGGCCGCUCCACCAUCAUCUGCCACCUCAAGACGCACGCCGGCGCGCUCAUGUACCGCUGCACCCUGUGCGGCCUCUACUUCUCCACGUUGAAGAUGAUGUCGUCCCACGUGGAGCUCCACAAGGAUCGGCUGCCGCCUGACUUCAACAUCGAGCACACCUUCAUGUACAACGACCGCUCCAAAGAAGCGCCGCCUCCCGCGGACGCCUGAGCGGCUUCUCCGACGCAAACUCCCCCCGCACGCAAAACGGGACUUAGAAAAGAUUGGGUAUAACGAGCCACGCGAUACUAAAUUGUGGCCAGCGAGUACCAACAAAUAUGGCUACUCAUUGGGUUUGUCUGCAAAAAAUGCUCAUUGAUGGCCACAAGAAUACUUAACCUGUGGCCAUGGAUUAGGUAUAACAUGCUUUCAAAUACUGUUUUUGUGGCUACAAUACAUAGAAGGGGUGUAAGAUGCAAAUCUUUGGCCACAAAUGAAAGAAUCAGCUUUAACACGCCCUCGAAAUACUAGUUUGCUGCCACAAUAUUGAUAUAGGCUACACAAAAUGCUCAUUUAUGGCCACGAGUUAGGUGUAUCUUGUGCUUGAAGUACUAUUUUGGGGCCACCAUAGAGAUAUAAUGCACGCAUAAAAUGUGGCUACUAAUUAUGUAUAAUGUGUGCUCAAAAUGAUCAUUAAUGCUUUCAAAAAUACUUCUGUGUGGCCAAGAAUUAGGUGUAACGUGCUCAAAAACCUUUUUUGUGGCUGCGAAAUGUUAAUUUGUGGCCACGGAGUAGAAAUAACAUGCGCUCAAAGUACUUUUUUUGUAGCCGCCAAAUGUUCAUUUGUGGCCACGGAGUAGAAAUAAGGUGCGCAGAAUCCAUUUUUUUGUGGCCACAAUAGACGUGUCUAAAGUCAUUAUGUUGGGCCACAAAAAUACUUUAUGUAGAGUGGAUACGGAAAGUAUUCAGACCACCUUCAAGCUUUCACUCUUUGUUAUUGCAGCCAUGUGCUAAAAUCAUUUCAUCAUUCAUCAAUAAUUUUUUUCCUCAAUGUACACACAGCACUCCAUAUUGACGGAAAAAAAACAAUUAUUUUGCUCUUUUCUCAGUAUUUAGUAGAAGCACCCUUUUGAGCUAAUACAGCCAUGAUGUAACAAGUUUUUCACACCUGGAUUUGGGGAUCCUCUGUCAUUCCUCCUUGCAGAUCCUCUCCAGUUCUGUCAGGUUGGUUGGUGAACGUUGGUGGACAGCCAUUUUCAGGUCUCUCCAGAGAUGCUCAAUUGGGUUUAAGUCAGGGCUCUGGCUGGGCUAUUCAAGAACAGCCACAGUUGUUCUGAAGCCACUUCCUCGGUAUUUUAGCUCUGUGCCUAGGCUCAUUGUCUUGUUGGAAGGUGAACCUUCGGCCCAGUUUGACGUUCUGAGCACUGUGUAGAAGGUUGUCGUCCAGGAGAUCCCUGUACUUGGCCGCAUUCAUCUUUCCUUCAAUUGAAACCGGUCGUCCUGUCCCUGCAGCUGAAAAACACCCCCACAGCAUGAUGCUACCACCGCCACGCUUCACUGUUGGGACUGUAUUGGACAGGUGAUGAGCAGUGCCUGGUUUUCCCCACACAUGGCACUUAGAAUUAAGGCCAACAAGUUCUAUCUUGGUCUCAUCAGUAUGGAAGCCACUGUGCUCUUAGGAUCCUUAGGAGUGCAGCAGAAUUUUUUUGUAACCUUGGCUAGAUCUGCCCCUUGCCACAAUGCUCGUCUCUGAGCUCUUCAGGCAGUUCCUUUGACCUCAGGAUUCUCAUUUGCUCUGACAUGCACUGUGAGCUGUAAGAUCUUACAUAGACAGGUGUGUGGCUUUCCUAAUCAAGUCCAAUCAGUAUAAUCAAACACAGCUGGCCUCCAACGAAGGUGUAGAACCAUCUCAAGGAUCAUCAGAAGAAAUGGACAGCACCCGAGUUAAAUAUGUCAAUAUGGGGUGCUGUGUGUACAUUGAGGAAAAACAUGAAUUUGAAUGAUUUUAGCAAAUGACUGCAAUGUAACAAAGAGUGAAAACUUUAAGGGGGUCUGAAAACUUUCUGUACCCACUGUAUAAGGUGUAAUGUGUGCUCGACAUACUAAUUUGUGACCAAGAAAUCCACUACUCUGAAAAAGUUUGAGAUAUUGGGCGUUUGGGUGAAAUUUCAAGAUGAUCUUUUCUAAACUUCCGAAAGUACAUGUCCAACUGUUGAAUGUUUCAAUACUUUUUGUACAAGAAGAGCUGAACGGCAAAAUUGUUUUGAUGUAUGAAUGGGACGAAUACAUUUUCCCGGGCGGUCCAAAUGUCAACAGCGUUGUUGACAUUUGGACGGACAUCUCCAGAUGCAACAAUUGAUCGACGCAAUGUCAACAUUGCCGGGCUUCAAUGGAUGUUUUCACACUGUCAUCGGCAGGUUGCAGCAGAGACUGGAAGGGUCACACGCAUAAAAGUGGAUGUCCUCGGGAAUAUUCAAGGACUGAAAUCAUGUCAUCUGUUUUGCUCUUGACAGCCUCCACAAAUUAUUUUGCGCACGUGAUUCAGCAGUCGGGUUUGAUGAAUGAACGUAGGCAAUCAUUCAUCAUUCCCGACUCCCAAAUCUCGUGGACAUUUUAGGGAACUAUGUAGGAGGUCCACAAGUUCAAGUGGCCAAUCCGUCCAGAUUUAGCAUUUAGACAGACUUCAAUUUUAGGCAAAUAUUGUCACGUUACUAAUGUUAUACACCUAUGGCCACAAAAUAGGCAUAACGUGCGUACAAAAUAGCAAAUAUUUGUGGGGUUGAUGUCAUUCCUGCAAACAAGUUGGACAUGUGGGCAAGCAAAUGGAGCGCACCUUCAACACAAACGUUGAGUGUGCUCCGCAGCAACCUGGCUCAAGAUAAAAAUGGUUCCUUUGCAAUGGCCGCCUUUUCACAAUGUCUUUCUAGCUCCUCGCCUAAUCCGAAAUAAAAUGAAUCUCACCAUCCCUGUCCAUUACGUAGCUUUAGCCACGUGCACUCCAUUUGCUUACCCAACUGUGCAGGAUGGAGCCACAAUACUUUGUGGCCACAAUUUAGUGUUAAGUGAGACCCUUAUAUUUUAUAUAUAUAUAUGCGCAAUAUUUUUUGGUAUAAUCGCGCUCAUGUUCAAAGUAAAGAGGUCAGUUGACAAAUAUAUUGUGGUGACGAAAUACUAAUUUGUGGCCACCGAGUUCAAAUUGUUGUCAUAUGUUAAUUUGUGGUCACGAUUUAGGUAUAUUGUGUGUGGAAAAAAAAUAAUGAUUUAUGGGUUGAAUAACUUUGAGGACUGGGUAAGGAAAUGGAGCGCACCUUCUGGAGAGCUCCUCUACUUUGUCGUUCUAGAGGAAUGAUAUUGUUUUUCAUUUGUAUGUUUUGUGUGUGUGUUAUACCUAGUACAUGGCCACAAAUUUGCAUGUUUUGUUUGCAUUUUGCGCACAUAUAUUUUCCUCCCCCACCCCAAUUCGUCAAAUGGAAGACAAAACUGUCAAAGCAGAAUGCCGCCCGAUGCAUUUCAUAUAGGGGCGGCUGUGGCUCAUUAGGGUUAGUUAAAGCGGGCCAUGCAGCGACCGAAGGGUCACUGGUUCAAAUCCCGACUCCGCAUGUCAAAGUGUACUUGGGAAAGACACUGUACAGUGGGUAUGGAAAGUUUUCAGACCCCUUUAAAUGUUUCAGUCUUUGUUAUAUUGCAGCCAUUUGUUAAAAUCAUUUAAGUUCAUUUUUUGUCCUCAUUAAUGUACACACAGCACCCUAUAUUGAGAGAGAAAAAACUGAAUUGUUGAAAUUUUUGCUGAUUUAUUAAAAAAAGAAAAACUGAAAUCACACAGCCGUAAGUAUUCAGACCCUUUGCUGUGACACUCGUAUAAUUACGAACUCGGGUCCUGUCCAUUUCUUCUGAUCAUCCUUGAGAUGGUUCUACAUCAGAGGUGGGCAAACCUUUUGGCUCAGGGGCAACAUUGACUUUAAAAAUUUGUCAGGCAGGCCAAGCCAGGACCAGAUGCUUACAUAAAAAAAAAAUAAUAAUAAAAUAAAAGAAAGGCAUUGUCGUGUUAAUACUUAAGAUUUACUUUUAAUGGGAACAGUGUUGUUUUGUUGAUUACCUUUUUUUUUGCCAGUGCGUCAAAGUCUGGUAUUAGUUUUGUUGUGGCAAUUCUCAGAAGACAUCUGAGGUUUCAUCACUCAGCUGGGAUCUGUAGGAUGUUUUGUUGGUGUUCACGCACACAUGUAGAGCCAAACACCACCAGCAUCCUCUGUGCCAUCUUCCGAAUUUUUGGAAAUGUGUCUGCGCUUCAUGAAGCUUAAAACUCAUCCAGGUUGAGAGUUGAACUUCUCUUUGAAGACAGUAUCACAUUGGUGAUCAAUCAGUUCCAUCUGCAGCUGCCGUGGUGCUGUUUCAGGGUCUUGCGUGACUGAAUCUGGGAUGGCAGUUUGUCAGAUAAAGGUGUUUUGCUGAGCCUGCAAGCUUGAUUUCAGUUCCUGCGUUGAUUGGCUGUUAGCAUAAUCAGCACGCUUGGGGGAAAGGUGAGGGCUGAUGUUACAUUCCUCUAAAACCGCAAUGAUUUCUUAACAAAUUAGACAUACAGCCUUUGACCAGACUUCAGUCCAAAAUUAUUUAGUAGUCUAUUCUAUAUUAAACACUCGGUACUCACUGUCGACUUUUCUUUUCUUUGGCUCACACAUGGUUGAAGAACGGUACAGAGCAGUAGCAGAGUAAAAACAGAACAGCCAAAGUCAAGUCAAUGUAUUACUGUACCUACUGCGCGACCUGGUGGAACCACUGGGCAUUUCAGGACAACCUGGUGGAACCACUGGGCAUUACAGCACAACCUGGUGGACCCACUCGGCAUUACACGACAAUCUCAAAUGAAUGCAGUCAUGAUUUUGAUAUGAUUUGGGCGAUUCUGUACCAAUCUUUGGUGGGCCAGAUUGAAAUGAUCAACGGGCCGGCCAAUGUCAAAUGAAUGCAGUCAUGAUUUUGAUAUGAUUUGAGCGAUUCUGUACCAAUCUUUGGUGGGCCAGAUUGAAAUGAUCAACGGGCCGGCUGUGGCCCGGGGCCAGUAGUUUGCCCACCCCUGUUCUACACCUUCAUUGGAGUCCAGCUGUGUUUGAUUAUACUGAUUGGAUUUGAUUAAGAAAGCCACACACCUGUCUAUAUAAGACCUGACAGCUCACAGUGCAUGUCAGAGCAAAAGAGAAUCAUGAGGUCAAAGGAACUGCCCGAAGAGCUCAGAGACAGAAUUGUGGCAAGGCACCGAUCUGGCCAAGGUUACAAAACGAUUUCUGUUGCACUUAAGGUUCCUAAGAGCAGAGUGGCCUCCAUAAUCCUUAAAUGGAAGACGUUUGGGACGACCAGAACCCUUCCUAGAGGUGGCCGUCCGGCCAAACAGAGCAAUCGGGGGAGAAGAGCCUUGGUGUGAGAGGUCAAGAAGACCCCAAAGAUCACUGUGGCUGAGCUCCAGAGAUGCAGUCGGGAGAUGGGAGAAAGUUCUAGAAGGUCAACCAUCACUGCAGCCCUCCACCAGUCGGGGCUUAAUGGCAGAGUGGCCCAACGGAAGCCUCUCCUCAGUGCAAGACACACGAAAGCCCGCAUGGAGUUUGCUAAAAACCACCUGAAAGACUCCAAGAUGGUGAGAAAUAACAUUCUCUGGUCUGAUGAGACCAAGAUAGAACUUUUUGGCCUUAAUUCUAAGUGCCAUGUGUGGAGAAAACCAGGCACUGGUCAUCACCUGUCCAAUACAGUCCCAACAGUGAAGUGUGGUGGUGGCAGCAUCAAGCUGUGGGGGUGUUUUUCAGCUGCGGGGACAGGACGACCGGUUGCAAUGGAAGGAAAGAUGAAUGCGGCCAAGUACAGGGAUCUCCUGGACCAAAACCUUCUCCAGAGUGCUCAGAGCAUCAGACUGGGCCGAAGGUUCACCUUCAAAAAUAAGCACACAGCUAAAAUAACGAAGGAGUGGCUUCAGAACAACUCCGUGACUGUUCUUGAAUGGCACAGCCAGAGCCCUGACUUAAACCCAAUUGAGCAUCUCUGGAAAGACCUGAAAAUGACUGCCCACCAUUGUUUACCAUCCAACCUGACAGAACUGGAGAGGAAUUGCAAGGAGGAAUUACAAAUAUCACCAAAUCCAGGUGUGGAAAACUUGUUGCAUCAUUCCCAAAAAGACUCAUGGCUGUAUUAGUUCAAAAGGGGGCUUCUACUAAAUACUGAGCAAAGGGUCUGAAUACUUAUGGCUGUGAUAUUUCAGUUUUUCUUUCUUAAUAAAUCUGUAAAAAUGUCAACAAUUCCAUUUUUUUUCUGUCAAAUGAAUGGAAAAAAUGAACUUAAAUUAUUUUAGCAAAUGGCUGCAAUAUUAAAAAAAAGAGUGAAAAAUUUAAGGGGGUCUGAAUACUUUCUGUACCCACAGUAUGAAUGUGUGUGAGAAAGUGAAGGUGUGGCUUUGUAAAGCGGUUCGGGCACUAUGAUGGUAUUGAUAAAGCCCUAUAGAAUUUACAGUUUACCAUCUACGCACCAGUCAGGAUAAACGUCCCCAGAUUAUGAAGGCAUGCAUCCCAAAGUAGCCUUGCCAAACAGGAAUUGUGGGUAAUACAUGGAAAGGUAUCACAUAAGCAUGUCUAUACAGAUUUAGUUUUGUCAUAAGCAGACAAUUCAAAAUGGAUGGCUCUCCAUAUCCACAUGCGAGGCCAUUAGAAGUUGCUUUUUUUUUUUUUUUUUUUUAAGUUGGGGCACUCCAAAGUCAAGGUAUUACUAGCACGGAAUGUUCUUGUUUUAGUCAGGAUGUCUUUAUUUACAUUUGCUACUACAAGCCAGCCUUCAGCGUUGUAUAUUCCUGAUUUAUUUCGGUGUUGAACUUUUGUCCAACAAGUUCCCAGAAUUUUGCAACCCUCCUCCGAAGAAUGAAAAACGCUCUCUGAAUGUGUCAUGUUGGCUUUGUAAUUAGUCUUACCUCAUAUUUAUGAUACUGUGACUUUGUACGCCUUUAUACAUUGUCUUUUCUCUUUGUAAAUUCCUUUUUAUUGACAAGAAUACAACAAAUGCACCAAG